AUGCAGAACGAUUUUUGUUGCAGGAGGCAGCCAUGUUUUCAAACUAACGUUACAUUAUAAAGGACACACUUACAGAUGUAUUUCCUAGACAAGAAGGUUAACUUCUAUUGCCUGGUUUCUUGUUUGGGAAUAAGCUAUCAUUUGCUGCAGAAGAAGGUCACGUUCUGGGGCUCAUCACGAUCCUCCUGCGUGGUGUCCUCUUCUGAGCACUCUUGCUUCUCAGCAAUAAGACCAUAGCCUGUACCCAGAUGGCUUGGUUUCCUCUCCCACUUCUAGGUACUCAUUUAUAUUUCUAGAGGCUUGAUCAAGAAUGCAGUGAGCAGAUCUUUUUGUAAGAUCUUGCUAAAGAAGGCAGUUGGAGUAAGGAGGUCAAGGAGGAGGGAAUGGGCUGCAUCCGGGGCGCGUGCCUGGCACACAGUAGGCAGUUGGUAGAGACUGGCUCACAGGGAAACACGACAGACUCUCCCCCAGACCUACGACUGCUGGGUGGUGGAGGUGGCUUUAGAGUUAGGGCUGCCGUUGUCACAGUGCACUGUGUCCUUAAACAUCUAACCACAGAACACUGGGCCACCCCAUCUGAUGUGGCUCUGCGGGGCUGGGCCCACGUGGUGUCUGGUCCUGUAGAACCCUGCUCCUUGAGUGUCACUGUUAAGGCUGCUUGGGGACCUCUACUUCACAUUAAACCAGAUCUGAACAGCAGCCCUGAUCUUGCUCUGGAAAAGCCCAUCAGUCGCACCUAAGCUGCCCCGUCUGUUCUGUAUUAAACUAGGCUCUUGCAUUUCACCCAAGACUCUCGCCAUCACCAGGGUGGUGGGAAGCACGGGGUGCUGGAGGCCCAGGGCUGAAGACGCAGUACCUUCCCACAACUCUCCGGCAAUGGCCCUUCCCAGGUAUGGCCCAAGGGCCCGCUUGGUCAGCGCAGGGUUCCCAUGCUAUCCCAGGCCCAGGAACCCAGGCACGCUCUGCGUCGUCCUGGCCACUGAAGUGCACUUCUCCUGUGUCCCACUGGCUGCGAUCUUCACAGCACCCUUGGAAAUGGCUGCACGUGACAGCAAGGAAGGCACAUGAAAGCCCCAGCUGGGAGACGUAAAGGGACAGUAAAGGUUAGAGCAGAGAUAAACAAAACGGACAACAGAGGAAAACAAUAAAAUACGAGUCGGUAGACGGAAAAGAAGGGCAAAGUUGACCAAAUAACUAACACCAGAAACCUUACGGAAAUAAAAAGGGCCACAGGAGGGGUGUGGACAGCGACCUGCAACCAAAGGGCUGGCCAGGUGGAGCAGCCGGCUUCCAGAACUCCAGCCAGACGGCGGAAGAGGUCACCACUGACAGCUGCUGAGAAGAGAGAGAGAAGUGCUCACCCCACACUCCCCCAAAGGAAAAGCCCAGGGCCAGAUGGCUUCUCUGGUGAGUUCUACCCAAUACUUAAAGAACUAGCCGCGGUCUUCCUGAAAUCAAUCCAGAUUCACUCCAUGAAGCCAGCAUGACCUUAGGACUAGAGCCGGCAAGGACAUGAAGAGGUCUGCAGACUAACUCCCCCAUGAGGACUGAUGCCACAUCCUUACGAGGACAGAGCCCACAGAAUUCACCAUCCAUUGGAAGUAUCAUGUUCAUGGUUAAGUGGGAUUUACCCUGGGAAUAGGAGGGUGGGUCAACAUACAAAAAUCCAUCACUUUGCCUAUUUAGUGGCCACACCUGUAAUCUCAGCAACUCAGGAGGCUGAGGCAGGAGGAUCACAAUUUUGAGGUGAGCCUCAGCAACUUAGCAAGACCCUGUCUGAAAAUUUUAAAAAGCUCAGAAGUAGAGCUUUCCUGGGUUCAAUCCCGAGUGCUCCCCCUACCACAUACAGUUUAACCACCAUAAUAUACUUCAUUACAGAACGGAGGAAAAAACCCUGAUACAGAAAAAGCAUCUGACAGGAUUCAGUGCUAUUUCUUGGUAAAAACGCUCCAACUAGGCGUGGAAGGAAAUGACUUCAACAGAGCAGAGUCAUCUGUGGAAAGCCUCCAGCUUACCACUCUCACCCCGAAGAUCCGGAACAAAGCCUCACGCCUGCUUUCACCACCUCCACCCAACACGGUAGUAGGAGACUCGGCUGGAGCAAUCGGGUGAGAAAAAGAAACAAAAGCCAUCCAAAUUGGAAAGAAGUGAACGUGACUCUAUUUGUAGACACCAUCGUCUUGUCUAUUAAAAAAACCUAAAAGUUCCACCAAAAAAAAAAAACAAAACCUAUUAGAAAGAAUAAGUGAAUUCAGUAAAGUUUCAGGAUACAAAAUCAACACAAGUCAGCUGUAUUCUUAUAGUCUAUAACAAUGAACCAUUGGACUAGCAUCAAAAAGAAUAAAAUACUUAGAAAUGAACUAAACCAAUAAACUUAAUCAAGUGGGUAAAAGAUUUGUACACUGAAAACUAUCAAACAUUAAAUGAAAUUAAGACACAAAAGGAAAGACAUCCCAUAUUUGUGAUCUGCAAGAUAAUAUUGUUAGAAUGUCGGUACCACCUCAAGCAGUCAACAUACAUAACACAAUCCUUAUCAAAACCACCAGAAAUAAGAAAUAAGAAAUUCCAUCCUAAAAUUCAUAUGGAAUCUCAAGCCUCCCCCAAAAGAAAAAACACUAUUAAAAAAUGACAGUAUUGGAAGUUGCAUUCUUCCUGAUUUCAGAAUUUACUAUAAAGCUGCAGUAAUCAAAAUGGUGACAUAAUAGUAUAAAGAUAGACAUUACACCAAUGAGACAGAGUAGAGGGCCCAUAGAUUUAUUCCUGUGUAUACAGUAAUGAGCUUCAUCAAGGUGUCAAGACCAUUCAAUAGGGAAAGGACAGUUUAUCAAUAAAUGGUGUUGGGAAAACUGGAUAUCCUCACAUGCAAAUGAGUGAAAUUAGACCCUUAUUUCAUAUUUAAAAAUUAAAAUAGAUCAAAGAGCUCAAAAUUUAGAGCUAAGUGUAUAAAACUUAGAAAUUUGGGAAAAGCUUCAUGACUUGGAUUUGGCAGUGACUUCUUGGGUAUUACACAAAAAUCAUAGGCAACAAAAUUAAUGUCUACCCACAGAACAUUAAAUUAAAAAUGAACUGGACUGCAUCAAAAAUGUUUUCAUGUAUUAAAGGUCACAGUCAUCAGAAUGAAAAAGCAACCCAUGGAAUUAGAGCAAAUGAGUGCAAGCCAUAUAUCUGGUAAGGGGUUAUUAUCCAGAAAAUAGAACUCCUAAGACACAACCACAAAAACCCAGCAACUCAAUUAAGACAUUGGGUAAAGGACUUGAAAAGACAUUUUUCCAAAAAAGAGAGAUGGCCAAUGAGCACAGGAAAAGAUGCUCAAGGUCACUAAGCCAUAGGAAAAUGCAAAUCAAAACCAACAACGAAACAGCGCUCACACUAUUAGGAUGGCCACUAUCGGAAAGCAGCCGCAGAGCAAGGGCUGGGAAGGCCGAGGAGAGACUGGAGCCCUCUGACGGUCAUGCAUGCAACAGGGUGGAUCACCUGGGAGACAGGGUGGCGGGCCCUUAAAAAACUGACCAUGUGAAUUCAUGGUUCCACAUCCAGAAUAACUCAAAGCAAGAUUUCCAAGAGGUAUUUACACACCCGUGUUUGUAGCAGUGCUAUUCACAAUAGCCAAGAGUUAGAAGCAACCUGCGUGUCCCUCGGCAGAUAAAUGGAUAAGUAGAAUGUGGUAUAGCCAUAUGGUGGACUAUUACAGAAGAUUGAAAAGGAAGAAUUCUGACCCAGGCUGAAGGAGUGAACCUUGAGGACCUUAUGCUAAGUGAAGUAAGCAGUCACUAAAAGACAAAUGGGACAUGAUUGCAUUUAUGUGGGGAACUUAGUUUAAUUAAGUCUGCACUCCCCAAGCUCCGGGCCUCCCCUUCCCACUCUGCGUGCAGCUGGACGGCACUCCCCGGAGAGGCUUCUGGAGGCCUCAGGUGGCCGAGCUCCUCACUGUCCCCGCUCUGGGACUCGCAGCACCCCGAGGACCAGCUUGUCUCCACGUCUUGAUGCACAGCCUUGCGGAGGCAGGAGGAGGCCAAAUGUCCUGUGCGCUUGAUCAGCCUCGUGGAGGCAGGAGGAGGCCAUCUGACCUGUGUGCUGGGCGCGUGCCAAACUUGCCCCUGCGCUGCAUGGGCUUUCCUUCUCCUGUAGUUGUGGCCUUCUCUUCCCCUUCCUCUUGUCUCAGCAGCAGAGGUGCGUCCCCUCUCGGUCCCUGCUGUCUGCCUGACAUCUCUGGCCGUCGCUAGCCCUCCCUCUGGUGCCCACAGUGGACCUCACUGGUUGCUCUUGCCCCUGCAGACAGAUGGCCCUUGUCUUCGUGUACGGCACCCUGAAGCAAGGCCAGCCCAACCACAAAGUCUUGCUGGACUGCGCCAAUGGCUCUGCAGUCUUCCAGGGCCGAGGACGCACGGCCAAGCCUUACCCCCUGGUGAUUGCUGGUGAACACAGCAUCCCCUGGUUGCUUCACCUCCCGGGCAGGGGCCACUGUGUGCUGGGCGAGAUCUACAGGGUGGACGAGCGCAUGCUGAGCUUCCUUGAUGACUUUGAAGGCUGCCCUGACAUGUACCAGCGCACCAAGGUGCAGGUGGAAGUGCUCACGUGGGAGGGCAAGGGCUUCCCGGGGGACAGCGUGCAGUGCUUUUUGUACAGCACGGCCACCUACCCGCCCGAGUGGGUCCACCUCCCCUACCACGAGAGCUACGACUCGGAGGGAACCCAUGGGCUGCGCUACAACCCACGAGAGAAUAGGUGAGAAGGGCCGGUGGGGCCACAGUGAGGAGAGGGCACUCUGCUGGGAGACCUCAGCUCAGUCUGUACCCGAAUGCUACAGCAGACUGGUGCCCUUUUCAACAGACAUUUGCAAAACUCAAUCGGGAAAAAGAAAAUCAAUCUAUCUUUUAGUGGAAUCGAUUUUGCAAAUAAUUUUGACAUCCCAACAGCAAGAUCAUACUCCUGAAUCUUUCCACCCAGUACCACCUCAUUGCUUGCUGCUUUAAGGGCCUCAUGGGCUUCUGAAUGUACUAGAGGAGGAAGCCUCUGGAUCUGAAUUCCCCCGAGUGCACUGGAGAACUCAUAUGCUCUCCUGCUUCCCUCCACUCUGCUCUCCUCUGACCAUGAUGUCCUCAGUGACUGGAAAGAUGGCUGCCGUCAGGUUGGCGCUGGCUGAAUCGAUUCUAGCCUGUAGCACUAAUAAAGGAAAGUUGAGUAAAUACUUAUAAAAAAUAAAAAAUAAAGAAAAGCAUGCUGUACUGGGAAUAUAGCCUCAUUCUUCAUAAUUAUGAGAACACACACAAACUACUGAAGAUGGCACUUAAAAUUCAACAAGAUGUUUUGGGAAUUAAAAUAUCAAGGUGUUGGUGUUUGUUUGACUCUUAUUUUAAAAUUUAUUUGAAUCUAGCAAAAUAAAGAACACCCACUUGCUGGCAUAUGCAGGUGAGCACCCAGGUUUCACAUGCAGGUUCAUCUGCACCCAGACCCCCUCAGCCAGCCCGUCACACCUCCUGAAGGCACAGGACUUGGGGGUGGGCCUUUCGAGAAGAACCAACACAUUAGCAAUUUGUUCUUCAGGCCUGACAGAAGGCUUAGCUUCCAAAUACAAACAGCACUUAAAAUAAUGUUAGCAAGGCACCAAGUACCAAUUACUGCCCCCUCCAUCUGACGGACUGUCAGCGGGCUUUACGUCGGCGAGCGGCUCUGCUGCUCGACUCUCUUCUGCUCACCAGCAAAGUCUGCGGUGGAUUCCAAGAACUCGGAACAAAUGGAAAUGCAGCUGCUGCUCCUCAGUGGCCUCGUUCUGGCUGGGGAGCUCACUCACUCUUCAACUUAAUGGUAGACUGUGGUCGCUAACUACAUCUGGCACAAAAACAUGAUCAUUAUUUUUAGCCUCUUUUUCUUAACUGGAAACUUGCUUCACAAAACACAAAAGGCAAGGCUGGGUGUCAGCUGAGGAGCUUGGGUGAGACGGCCCGAGGGCCCAGCCCGUGGUGUGGGGACGGGACCUGGACAUUGUGCCUGUCCUCGGGACAAUGCAGGCUGUGGCCCAGUUCAGCCAGGGGGCCCCAAAGUCACCUCCUGAGGACUCCGCCAUCCAGCGUGGCGCCUGCAUAGAAUCACAGCAGGAAGGGGUUUUGAGAAGUCCUCCUGGCCACCUCGUCCUUAGGAAGACAGAUAAUCAGCCCCAGGAGUUAGUCUUCAAUUACGGAAGAAGGAAGGUGAUCAGAUUAUAAGAUGGCAAAUGCUGAUUUACUAGAACUGGAACAGAGAACUGGAAUCCACAUUUCUAAAAGGGAUCACAAUGAAUGCUAGUGUUAUGUCAACUGGCACAGCCUGUCGCUUAUGUGUACAUUGUCUUCAUUCGAAAAAAAGGGCAAACUAAUAUUUAGACAAAUGCUUGGUUUUAUUGAUUUAAUUUUGACACCAGGAAAUUUCACAGAAGUACAAAUCAUAGGAAAUCUCACAGAAGUACAAAUCAUAUGUAUAACUGUUUUUAUAUCAAUACAAAUUUCCAUUGGUGAUUUUUUUGGCAGAAUGUCGGUUUUGACUCUUCUGUGGAAUAAAUACGAGAUGUAGAUCCGGCUGCACAGGAGUGUUCCCGUGAAACACUUGACUAAAUCGAGUGUGAGAGAAUAAUACAAAUAGCUAAUUAAGUCGGGUGAUGCCUGAAAGGCUAUAAAUACUUCAUUCCAGCUCCACGAGCAGAUCCCCUUCUCCGACUGUGUCUCCAGCUUUACAGUGCACCAGCUUCACCUGGAAUUCAAAAAAUGGGGGAGAAGAGAAUCAUAAGCUCCAGUCCGAAGGCAGCAACCCCUUCUCCUUCUCUGGAGGGAACUGACUUUCGGGCCAGGGAGCUCUGGCCUGGGGGCAUCCUGAAGAUCCUUAGGAUGUCCCUCACCUCUCCCUCUGCACCUCUUCUGUCCUUGUCAGCCCAAAGAACGUCUGUAUAUGUACACACACACAUACACACACACACACACACACACACACACACACACACACAGUCCAAAUAGAUGCUAUUGCAAAGGAGAAGCUCCCUGGCCAAUCUCAGCCCCCGUGUGACGAGAAAUGCGACCUUCAGAAGCCUCUACGUCAAGUUGUGCUCGCCAAGGGCCAGAGUGUGUGGAGACGGUCCUGUGCCUCCCUGGAGGCAGCCACUUGGGUGUGAAAGUGCAAUGGGUUUGUACUGACUGGCAGCACCGGCCGUAGGCAGACACCCAAAAUGCCAGUGAUGUCUGGGGUGGUGCGCUGUCCGGUGUCCCCGCCAUUCGUGGUGAGGGUCCAGCCAGGAUGUUUUAUCUCAAACUGGAGCUGAGUUUUUAAGAAGGAUGUGAACCCAUGCAGGAAUAUCCAAAGCCCUCUCAGCAGAUGCCAUUUGGACUGCAGUGCCUAAAUGACACUCCUGAUGUCUCCUCUGAUUAUGUGUGAGGUUUUACAGUCACUAGAGUAGAGACCCUGUCCACUGUGAAUCCUUUCUCUAGGAGGAAAUAUGGCUCCCUCGGCCCAGGGCAGGGGGGUGGUGCAGAGGGACUCCAGCUAGCAGGGGUCGGGCCAAAGCACAGAAGUGCUCACACCAGCAGCCCCUGAGAAGCAGCUCUGGGCUGCAGAGGGCAAAGGGUCCUGCCCCCCUUGAGACUGCUCCAUGACGAAAUCCAAAGACACGCAAUGGGGCUGACACUGCUGCAGGAAGCGAGGCCACGCUCAGCCCAGCCACUCGGGGACCCUCAGCCUGCAGCUGACACCCUUUUUGAUCCCCCACAAAUCAUCACAGAAGAAAUGUUAAAUAAUCCCAAAGAAUAAUUUUUAUGUGAACAGAAACCUACAUUUUCUUGUCCACUUUUUUAAAUGUCAUCAAAAUUUUGAAAGGAUUCCUGAAACACCACAAAUCAUGCCCUCCUACUCUGCCAAACCUCCCUGACAAGGUGGGGCCACCUGUACCUGCUCCAGCCUGGCAGCCGGCUCAGGGCUGGCCAGUGUGCAUGGGGACCUCUGCUCUACCUGCUGGGAGCUACAGGGAACCCCCUUGUCCUUCUCUGAGAAUCAGUCCCUUUGACUUCUGGAGUGACAGACGGAGGCUGUGUGUCUCUCUGAUGUAAACCUGGUCGUGAACUGAUGGAUCUCUCUUUAGACCCAAAGUCCCCACGGUGUGGCCACAGGGCAGGCCACAGCCAGCCUUUGCUGCUGUUGUCAUGCUGAUCAUGCUCCACUGUGCAGAUACUACCAAACCAGACACCUUCAGAAAGGGUCAUUUUCCACUAAUGGCAUCCCCUGAGUCCUGGGAAGAAGGUGAAUCACAGGCUUUUUGUUUUCCUCAAAGAAAAAAUAUAUUCAAGAAGUUUCACUCUUAACAAAUUUCAGUACUGUCAUACCUUUCUCCUUCUUGUCUCCCUGAAUCAUUAAGGUCCAUGUGUGUGCAAGGGCUGCGGAUCCUCAUGAUCUACAACUGAAUUGUUCUCUUCAUAGAAAAAUUAUCUUGAAGAGUUACAUUAAUUUUUGAAAUCUGUAAAACCGUUUCCUGCUGUGUCACCUAAGUCUCAGAUAACUAACUGCCUCCAAGACAGAUGUAAACAUUAAAAAUUAAAGACCCCUUAAUUUGAAA